CUCGAGGUUACACGACGGUUCGAUGCCAACGAGUUCGCUCCUUGUCACUCAACUCGAGAUUAGCAUCGCAGGUGCUAGCACUGUGGAUGGGUUCCCAUGGUAACAAGGACGUUGCCCGCAGCAGGACCCACAGAGCAGACCGCGGCGCUGCCUAACUAGAUUCCCACUUGUGUAAGACUUGAACUUUCUUGUUAAUUGCAGGAAAUGCCGCGGGACAGAGCUGCUCUUUAACCAGAAGCCCCCAGCUCCAGAAGACCGACACCGGGCCACGGACGCACGCCAGCCGACGUUAAGACUUCGGGAACAAGAGGCCGACGAUGGCGGAGCUGGCAGCGGGAAGCCUGCCGUUAGGGGACCCGGCCUUUAACUACCAGGAACACGAGCUGAGCGAGCGACUGAAGCGGCUCUACCCGGCUGUGAACGAGGAAGAGACCCCUCUGCCCCGGUCCUGGAGCCCCAAGGAUAAGUACAGCUACAUCGGGCUGUCACAGAACAACCUGCGGGUCCAUUAUAAAGGUCACGGAAAGAACCACAAAGACGCAGCAUCAGUGCGAGCCACACACCCAAUCCCUGCUGCCUGUGGGAUCUACUACUUUGAAGUCAAGAUUGUCAGCAAAGGUCGAGAUGGAUACAUGGGCAUUGGCCUGUCCGCCCAGGGAGUCAACAUGAACAGACUGCCCGGAUGGGACAAGCACUCAUACGGUUACCACGGAGAUGACGGCCACUCCUUCUGCUCCUCCGGGACCGGCCAACCAUACGGCCCGACAUUCACCACGGGCGACGUGAUUGGCUGCUGCGUUAACCUCAUCAAUAACACUUGCUUUUACACCAAAAAUGGCAUCAGUUUAGGUGUAGCCUUCACAGACCUCCCUCCCAACCUGUACCCCACUGUGGGCCUCCAGACACCGGGUGAGAUCGUAGACGCUAACUUUGGCCAGCAGCCGUUUGUGUUCGACAUCGAGGACUACAUGAGCGAAUGGCGGGCCAAGAUCCACGGCAUGAUCGCUCGCUUUCCCAUAGGAGAGAGGCUGGGAGAGUGGCAGGCCGUCCUGCAGAAUAUGGUGUCCAGCUACCUGGUGCACCAUGGGUACUGUGCCACCGCAACAGCCUUCGCCAGAGCCACAGAGACCAUGAUACAAGAGGACCAGACGUCUAUAAAGAACAGACAGAGAAUACAAAAGCUGGUGCUUGCAGGACGCGUGGGUGAAGCCAUAGAAGCUACUCAGCAACUUUAUCCCGGCCUGUUAGAGCACAACCCCAACUUACUAUUCAUGUUGAAGUGUCGUCAGUUUGUGGAGAUGGUGAACGGUACAGACAGUGAGGUUCGCUGCUUGACCAUUCGCUCCCCUAAGUCCCAGGACAGUUACCCCGGCUCACCCAGCCUCAGCCCCCGUCACGGAGCCAGCAACACACACCUGCACACUGGAGGAGCGGACAGCCCUACCUGCAGUAACGGGGUGACUCCUCCCAGUAAGUCAAAGAGCCACGGUGGCGCAGGUAGCAGCAGUGUCAAAUAUCCCAGCGCGUCCUCUUCCGCAUCCUCAUCCACCUCCUCCUCCCCUUCCUCAGUCAACUACUCUGAGUCCAACUCCUCCGAUUCCACCAAGCCACACAGCGCCAACAGCAACCAGGAAACCAGUGACAGUGAGAUGGAAAUAGAAGCAGAGCACUAUACCAACGGGGUUGUUGAAGGCUCCUCUGCGCGGAUCAUGAAUGGCACAUACAAACAUGAAGAGAUCCUUCAGCCAGACGACAACAGCAUCGGCAAUGGGGUCACAGCAGAUGAGAGUUGUAGUAAUGGCAAACAGCUUUGUGGAGGGAACCAGGCAGCCACAGAGAGGAUGAUCCAGUUUGGACGGGAACUGCAGGCACUCAACGAACAGCUGUGCCGCGAGUACGGCAAAAAUGCCACGCACAAGAAGAUGUUACAGGACGCGUUCAGUCUGUUAGCAUACUCCGACCCGUGGAACUGCCCCGUUGGCCAGCAGUUAGAUCCCACGCAGAGAGAAGCACUCUGCUCUGCACUCAACAGCGCCAUACUGGAGUCCCAAAACCUGCCUAAGCAGCCUCCGCUGAUGUUAGCGCUGGGUCAGGCCACAGAGUGUGUUCAGCUCAUGGCCCGAGUCCGGUCUGGUUCCUGCUCUUUCGCCAGAGUAGACAACUUUUUGCACUAGCCCCGGUCCAGGUUAAUGUUAAGUAGCACUGAGAGAAGGCAUGUCCAGCAGGUAGUUGUCAUGGCGACGGAGGAAAGAGCAUGCGUGUGAUUGGUGUGUUUGGCUGUCCUUCAGACCGAAUCAGCGGCGCAGACAGAGGAGCAGAGAAGAACGUGACAGAGAAGAAAGCUUCCUUUUAAUUUAGUAUUAUCAAACAAAGAAAUGUGUGACACUAUUUAAAGAUAAUUAAUUAUUAUUCUGUUUAUCUAGCCUUUCUUUUUUUUAGUUCUUUUUUGUCAGUUUGUUGUGCUCAUCCUGGACAAAAACUAAAUUGUAAAACCCCCUUAUUUUAUUCUUCUGUUUUAAAGGGUGGACUUUGAUUCCCUACAAUCAGUAUUUUACUCACGUUGUUGUUGUUCACCAUAUCACAGACCACAAUACUCACAGCUGGUUACCACGGUGACCCUCACAACUGUAGGUCACCUUAACAAAACCUGAAGUAUAUUACGUCAUCUUUAAUAAAAUAUAAGAGCCAGACAG